CUGUGUGCAAAACUCACAACAGCCACUGUCUGGCCAUAGCUCAGCGCUGAGAGGAGCUUGCCGUGCCGCUGCAUCAAAAUUGAGUCUUUACUGUGGAUUUACAGUGUUUUUAUAAAUAUCAUGGAAGCAAGAGGACUUCUCUUGAUUUUUUGUCUUCUUCUGCUGCCACACUGCACACUCCAGCAGACUCCCUCCAAGAGAAAAAAUGGAAAGAAAGACUCUGCAAACACUGCUGCUAUUGAAGAGCUGAAGAAACAGAUUAAUGACAUUGUUCAAGAGUUAAACUUGGUGAAAGAACAGCAAGCCUUACAGACAGUUUGUCUGCGAGGCACAAAGGUCCUUGGGAAGUGCUUCCUGGCUAACCCCGUUAAGAAGAACUUCCAUGCAGCCAACGAAGACUGCAUCAACAAAGGAGGCAUCCUGGUCACACCUGUGAACGGAGACGAGAACGACCAACUCUACAGCUACGUCCGUCAGAGCAUCGGCCCUGAGGAGCACAUAUGGCUGGGCAUCAACGACUUGGUGACGGAGGGCCAGUGGGUCGAACAGUCUGGCUCCAACGUGCGCUUCAAAAACUGGGAGACAGAGAUCACCCUGCAGCCGGAUGGAGGCAGCAGUCAGAACUGCGGCAUCCUCUCCACCACUGCCAACGGGAAGUGGUUUGAUGAGAGCUGCCGGGCAGAAAAGGCCUCAGUGUGCGAGUUUAACAUCGUUUAGGAGAAGAUCUCUGACACUUAAAUCACUCCCUGUGAACAGUUAACAGUGCUUGCAGAAAGUAUCAGAUGCAGUCGUACAACCUAAUGACAAACAAUGAUCUUUCUUUCUUCCUUAAACCACUGUUACCAAGCUAAACUCACUAGACGUGGUCUUUGACUUGUCCUCUUAAAUACUCACUAUGCAGAAAGGUAAACACCACUGGAUGGCUUUUCUACUCGUAUUUUUAUGUUAUGUGCUACUAAAUGCAAGUUAAACCUUUUUAUUGUUAAUGAACAGCAACCAUCCUGAGUGCCUUCUUCAUUUGAGACACUCUUUAUUUUUCUAACUCUGAAUGUAAUCUUAUGCUGCUUAUUUUGCAUUGAAUAAUGUCAAUAAACAUGUCUACUCAGUUGUAA